GGCCGAGAGAAGAAAAUACCAGAAGCUUAGCAAAAGAAAAGAUAGACCACAGUUGCCAGAGGGAACUAAACUCAUUUCAUUAAGAAGGCAAGAGGAAGAUGGAGCAUUUACAACUACUAGCAAAAAGGAGUGGAUUAUGAAUCCCAAAGGAAAAAGUUACGUUUGUAUUCUACACGAGUAUGUUCAGCAUGCUCUCAAAAAACAGCCAAAAUAUGUCUUCAAAGAAGUGGAAAAUGCUGCGACACCUUAUGCUGCCACCAUCAUCAUUAAUGAUAUGCCUUAUAGUACUGGGUACGGCAGCAGCAAAAAGCAAGCGAAGACUGAAGCAGCAAAAUCUACUUUAGAGAUUCUUCUUCCAGAAUUAGGAAAAAAAAUUAGAGAGGAGUCAAAUACAAAAGGAGAUGCAGAUUUAUCGUUCUUUGAUGAAAUCCGAAUAGAGGACCCCAGAGUUCCAGAACUGUGCAACAAAACAAGUGAAUUAUCCCCAUAUUCAAUAUUGCUAAAUUGCCUACAAAGAAAUUUUGGUCUCAAUGGUGCUAAUAUCGAAUCAAAGCUAGUGACACAGAAAAACCAGAAGAACGAGUUUGUAAUGUCGGUUGGGAAACACACUGUACAGGUUCAGUGCAAAAACAAAAAGGAUGGAAAGCAAAGGGCAUCCCAAGCAAUCUUGCAGAAGUUGCAUCCUCAUAUUAGUAGCUGGGGUUCAUUGUUAAGAUUGUAUGGAAACCGAUCAAUGCAGACUAUGAGAGAAAAGAAGGCAGAGGAGCAAGAAAUAACAUUAUUACAGUCCAAUGCUACAGUUAAUCAGCCAAAUACUUCCAUAAUCAACAAACUAAAGAAGGAGAUGUUGAAACUUCAAGAGUGCAAGAGUGCUAUUCAACCAAUUGGAAAAUUCAUGCCUCCUGAAGACAUUGCCCUUCCAUCAGCUUCAGGGAUUGAUCUGAACAAUGUUGAUUUAUAGUUAACUAUUUUCAUAUAUAAUGUAUUUUGUUAUUGGUAAUAGAGUACAGUUAGUUCUUGGUUUACGGUGUACUCAACCUACGACAUUUUAUGGUUAUGACUUGCCAUCUCCCAUAAAUUAAAAAGAAAAAUUCUUGUUCCAUCAUUCCAACAUAAAUUCAAACUUCUUGCGGAAACUAUUGUGCUCAUGGCGCAAAGGAAUAGCGUCAUCCCACACCGGAAUACAGGGAAAACGGCAUCAGUCACUCGCUCGCUGUACGCCAUUUUGAAUUUUUGUUCAUUCACUCUCUCAAGUUUUUGAAAUUCUUUAUGGCUCCCAAGCAUAAGGCAGACUUCUGAUGGCAGUACUACAAAUAAAAGAAACUCCAUCUUCUUGGAAGUGAGAGUAGAUAUGAUAACACUAUCUGAAAAGGGUGAAACACCCUCAAACCUUGGCUGAGUGCUCAGGUUUAGUUGUACAAUGGUGUCUACAGUCAUCCAAGAUAAAAAGAGCAUACUUGAACGUGUGAAAGGAUCGGCUCCAAUGAAAUCAACUGUGGUUACUAAGCAGUGUAGUGGUCUCAUUAUGGAGAUAGAAAGUGCUAUGGCUGGAAGACAAGUAUCAACAUCAUAUCCCAGUGAGCCUAAUGUGAAAUAAGAAGGCUAAAGGAUUGUUUGAGACCUUGAAAAGAGGAAAGUGGGAAGGGAGUAAAAAUGAAGAGUUUGGGGGCUAGCAAAGGGUGGUUUAUACAGUUUUAAGUUUCUUGCCAAUUUGCAUAACUUUAAAGUGCAAGGGGAAGUUGCUAGUGGUGAUGAGAAAGCAGCCAGUGAUUUUCCUAGUAUGCUGACUGAGGUAAUUAGGGAAGGGGGGGUUACACUGCCAUACAAGUUUUCAAUGUGGAUGAGACAGAUUUGUUCUGAGAACAAAUGCCAACUUGUACAUACAUUUGGUGUAUCUGGCAAAUAAUUUCCAAGGGCACUCAUGGGUAUCUGGGAGAGUCAACUACCUGUUAUCUGGAAGUCCAUUAAGAAGGCAUGGGUGCACUUCAGAUAUUUGAGGACUGGUUCACCAAUAUUUUGUGCCAGAAGUGAGAGAGUACUGUGCUAAUAAGAGGCUGCCCUUGAAGGUGUUGCUAGUACUGGACAAUGCCUCUGGUCACCCUGCCCAUGUGGAUGACUUCAUCCUGAUGUCAAGGUGGUUUUUCUUCCACCUAAUACCACUUACCUCUUACAGCUUACAGACCAAGGUGUCAUAGACUCGUUCAAGGCAUACUACCUCCAAAGGAUGUUUGCUUUCAGGGCAACUGAGAAUCACAAGAACUUGACUCUAAAGGACUUUUGAAAGUCUUACAACAUUCUUGCUGCUGUAAGAAACAUUUCUGAUUCUUGGGAUGAAGUUAAGCAGAAGAACUUGAAUGGUGUGUGGGAAAAACUGUCACCAAUUUGUGUAUGAUUUCUAUAGCUUUGAGGAGUCAAUUGAGACUAUCACCAAGAAUGUUGUUGAACUAAGCAGCUUGAUUUGGAAGUACAGGGUACAGGGUGAUGAUGUCUCAGAGCUGGUGGCCCCUCAUGGAGAAGAAUUAUCUGCUGAGGACCUCAUUCAACUAGAAAAGCAAAUGAUUGAAGAAGAUGAAGAGAGACCAACCCCAGAGCCCAGUAGAUUUACAACUAAGCAGUUAGCAGAUGGUUUUGCCCUGAUAGAGGAGGGAUUGGCAAAGUUGGAGGCUCAACACCCCAACAUUGCCAGGUACAGUUAACUUAAAGUAUUCCUUU